CGUCGUCAGCCGUCAGCAGUCCGAUCGCGAGCAAUGCGAUUCUGAAUUGCAUUCGGAUCGAAUCUCCACAAUCAAUCGCAAUCGCCAGUUGAUAGCCGCUCUGGCCAGGACGACGCCUCUCCUCAAGUGUCCUCCUCGCGUGUCAAGUGUGAAGAAACUUCAGAAAUCUCAAAUCGAAAAUCGUGAAAAAUACAUCAAUUUUGAAACUCCAAAAUGCAGCUACUCAAUUUUAUGUGCCUCAAGCAAAAGGUUGCGCACAUCGCCAACAACAACAACAACAACAGCAAACCCGCUUCGGGAGCCAACGAAUCAGUUGCCGAUCCCAGAGAUAGCCGCAUCUUCGGUUGCUUUGUCAAGAAGGAGAAGCACCAGGAGGAGCGUGAGCAGCCAUCAGAGGAACAGCAGGACUCAGGAGCCAGAGAAAGUUCCCAUUCGGGCAGCUACAACGUCCAGCAGGAGGAGAAGCGAUCCAGCGUCAAUCUAGCAGGAGGAUAUCCAUCCAUCUAUCGGCAGCAGGACGAGGAAUUCCAUCCACCCUGUCAGGAGAAGCCUCCCCAAAAGAAAGAUAGUUUCGUGGUCUGCAAGCAGCCCAAACCGAGAGGCAGGCAACCACAGCAGCGCUCCCAGAGCCAACCGGCGAUAUCACAGCAGCCCCGCCGACGUCCAGGGACACCGCCACCGCACGCCGCCGCCACCGCCACCGCCAAGAGCAUGACCUCCAUACCCGCCACCCUGUCCAGCAACAAUGUGGCCGCCGCUGGAGCGGCCAAUGUGCCGGAGAAGCAGCCGUGGCCGAACUCCAAGGACGACUACGAGCUGCGGGACGUGAUCGGAGUGGGCGCGACCGCGGUGGUGCACGGGGCGUACUGCAUACCGCGGAACGAGAAGUGCGCCAUCAAGCGGAUCAAUCUGGAGAAGUGGAACACGUCGAUGGACGAGCUGCUCAAGGAGAUCCAGGCGAUGUCGUCGUGCAACCACGAGAACGUGGUCACCUACCACACAUCGUUUGUGGUGCGCGAGGAGCUGUGGCUGGUGCUGCGCCUCCUGGAGGGCGGCUCCCUGCUGGACAUCAUCAAGCACAAGAUGCGGACGUCCAACUGCAAGCAGGGCGUCUUCGACGAGGCCACCAUUGCCACGGUGCUGAAGGAGGUGCUCAAGGGCCUGGAGUACUUCCACUCGAACGGCCAGAUCCAUCGCGACAUCAAGGCGGGCAACAUCCUGAUCGGCGACGACGGCACCAUCCAGAUAGCCGACUUCGGCGUGAGCGCCUGGCUGGCCACGGGCCGGGAUCUGUCGCGCCAGAAGGUGCGGCACACCUUCGUGGGCACCCCCUGCUGGAUGGCCCCGGAGGUGAUGGAGCAGGACCACGGCUACGACUUCAAGGCGGACAUCUGGUCGUUCGGGAUCACGGCCAUUGAGAUGGCCACCGGAACGGCGCCGUACCACAAGUACCCGCCGAUGAAGGUGCUCAUGCUGACGCUGCAGAACGACCCGCCCACCCUGGACACGGGCGCCGAUGACAAGGACCAGUACAAGGCCUAUGGCAAGACAUUCCGCAAGAUGAUCGUCGAGUGCCUCCAGAAGGAGCCCUCGAAACGGCCCACUGCCAGCGAGCUCCUGAAGCAUGCCUUCUUCAAGAAGGCCAAGGACCGCAAGUACCUCACCCAGACGCUGCUCCAGUCGGGCCCCAGCAUGGAGACGAGGGUGCACAAGGCUGCCAAGCGGCAGCCGGGAGCCUCCGGUCGCCUGCACCGCACCGUCACCGGCGAGUGGGUGUGGUCCAGCGAGGAGGAGGACAACGGCGGCACUAGCGGCGGACGCAAGCAUCCCUCAUCGGACUCCGAUUCGGAGGAUCGGCCCAUGAACCGGCUGGAGCGGGCCGACUCCUCGGACAGCGACCGAGAGGACCCCUCGCCCGAGAUCACGCACAGCGUCUCCUCGGCCACUGUUACGCCAGCAACGGCCGCAGCAGGAGCACUGAAUGCCACUGCCGCCCCAGUCGCCGCCGCCAGCACCCAGGAGGUGACCGCGGGCCUGGCCCAGAUGCCCCUGCCCAGUGAAGAGCGGGGCGGCGAGGAGGCACCACCCGUCAAUCUGGUGCUGCGGAUGCGCAACCUGCGCCGCGAACUGCACGACAUUCGCUUCGAGUUCAUGGUGGGCAAGGACACGGCCGAGGGCAUUGCCACCGAGCUGGUGGAUGCUGGCCUCGUGGACGCCCUGGACACACAGCCGAUGGCCCAGCACCUGGACCACCUGAUAGCCCAGUGCGCCACCAUGAAGACGAUCACGUUCCAGCUGAGCUCGGGCGUCCAGCCCGGCGAGGUGCCCGACGAGCGUUCGCUGGUGGGCUAUGCGCAGAUAUCCAUCACGGACUAGGACUAGGACUAGGUCGGGCUGCCCGGCGGCCCAGUGCCUUAGAUGCAGCUCUACCCUAGACCGGCCGCCCGCCCGCCCGCACGCUCGCUCCAUCCCUCAACCAAACACACACACAAUCCUCGCCACAAACACCUCCCAAUCAAGCGCGCCAGUCUCUGAUACGUAAGGCCAGAGGAAAGGGCCAGGAGUCCAGGAGUGGACCGGAACCGGAACCGUAACGUUGCCGUUGCCGUUGCUGCUUUUAGCACUAGACUAGAACUAACUGUAAAUGCUAGUGAUAGAUGUUAACGCGAGCCGAUCGUUUACUAUAGAAAUUAUCGAUGUAUACACAUAUGUAUCUUCUCUAUAUACGCCCCUACCUAUAUACUAUAUAUCCAUAUAUAUAUAUAUAUAUGUAUAUCUAAAGCGCAUUGUAAUUACUCCAUGUGUACUCCCCCCACGCCCCCCACGCAUAGCUACCCUUUCCCCCUCUGCUAAAGUAGCUAAAAUAGUUCAAGAACCGUGUACUUAUUCGUUUUCGUUUCGUUCGUCUUUAAGUAGCGCGCCCUCCCUACCACCCCCCCCACCCUCGCCCGCUCUGUAUAUAAAUCUGUUUUUUCGAUUAGCCCGUUGCCCGACCCCGGUCCAGCCCUGCCCAACCAGCCACAAUCCCCCGCCCCCACCCACCAGGCGCCUCUAAUUUAUUCUCUAGCAAUCGUAAACCCUAAUUUGUAAAGCCUAGCGCCUAAGUCUUGUUUUGUUUUACUCUCUCCCCGAGCCCAACUUUUAUUUUAUACUAUUUUACUCCACUCGUACUCUGCUCCACGAAUCCUGCAAGCACCCUUAGUCGAUAAGCCUGCAACAGAUGCAACACUACACUCUAAGAGAAACAACCAGUAGGGCGCCCCCAGGCACAGUUGUGGCGACCAGUCUACCCUUAGUCUAAAGAGUAAUACAUACUUUAUAUAAUUCAAGCUCUGUAACUACGAUGAAGUACCGUAAACUACCCAUAACUUUAGAACACUGAAUAUUAUUAAAAAAAAAAAACAAAAAACACACAUCAUUUAGUAAAGAGAA